GCCACAAACCCCUGUGAACACCCAACCUCGCCCUCUGUUGUCGCGGUUCUGCAUGCCGCUGUUGUGAUGAUGAUGAUGAUGAUGCUGCCCGCCACCCGCCUUGGUCCCCUGCCAACUCUGCUGCUGGUAUGGGUGGCCUCCGUCGCCGCCAGCGACACAAUCACCUCGGGCAAGAUCAAGGUCCAGCUGUUUGCUGCGCCUUCGUUCCUAAGCGAAGUCAGCGUCGACGCGUACAACAACCAGUGUCUCUCACUCGAUAACAACCUCAUCGACGGGCGCGUGCAGAGCAUAUUAGUCGGCGGCCACGACGUCGCGAGCGUACUGCAACGCGAUGACUUCUGGAACUGUAGAUUUUAUAACAAUUACGACUGCAAAGGCGACAUGGACAUGGAUUCGUACCUCACUGUUCCCGACGGCGUAAACAACCUUGGUAGCAUCGACUGGGGCACCAAGAUCCACAGCCUCAAGUGCCGCAAUUUCGCGUCCACCGACGAUUGAAGCGCAUGCGACAGAGAAUUCGCGAAACGCGUAAAACGAGUCAAACACAGUACCAACUGUACAACAAACACAUCACGGACGACCGUCAAUGCGGCGCUUGGGCAAGACCCAUUCCACCGUCGAAAUACGAUACCAUCGCCGCGGAUAAUACCCACGUCACGCGGAAGAGCCUGUGAAUACCCUCACGAUUGGGAGAUGUCUGGAAGCGUAAUGUCUUGUAGAGCAUUCAAUUCAAGGAGAAACAUUGGUUCGGAGAUGGCAGGGCCCUUGUGUAAAUAGGGUAAUAGGGCCAUGAGCGGACGAUGAAGCAUGAAUAUAAAGGAAGAUAGCAUGUAUGGCCUGCUGGCGAUCGAAGUGCUCGAUGCCCUAGCUAUUUGUAGAUACUGUAAAUAGUCGUAGUAAAGCAUGAAUCAUAAUAUAAAUAUGAAAGAUUAAC